AUGGACGCCCGAUUCGGAUCCGGAUCCGGCGACAAACGCCCGCGCUCGCCCUCUGGCGAUUUCUCGCCGGGCGUCGCCUCCAAAAUGCCAAAAACCCAGUCGAGCCAUCUGCACAUCAACUACCUGGCCCGCCAGUACCCAGAGAAUCUACCGUUGGUGUCGACCGAAGACAACCUGCCCAACAUUCUGCGCCUGAUUGGCGAGUACGAUGGCGUGCUACAGCGCCACGAGAGCAUCGCCGGCAACCUGGGCGCAUGUCCGCUGGGCCCCAUCCUGAUGAAACGCUUUGAGCGCCUGUUCGACGGCCCACCGAACGUGCUCAAGUCGAAUGGGAAAGAAGGGACCAAUGUGACCUGGCUGGACGUCGUCGAGUUUGCGCGCAACAAGCCCGAGCAGUUCAACCUCGAAAAGACGCGCAACGGCGUGCCCGUCUGCCAGUUUUAUACAAAGCAGUGCAGAGUCGAGAUCUCAGAGGAGGACUAUGUGCUGAUUGCCUCGGGCAUGCCGCAGAAGCUCAUUCCGCCGCAGCCCAUUGACGAGGACGAGGAGAAGGAGGUCGGGUCGCUGGAGAUUCUGGAGAAGAACCUACAACAAAUCACUGCCAUGGCAGAUUCGGCCGCUGCGCGCGCAAGGCAAUUGAGCUAUCGCUUGAAAAGCCGCCGCAAUGCCAUCGUCACUCGCCGCGAGACCGACCGCAACAAAAGCUCUCAGAGCUCGCCGCGCGAACACCAUGUUUCUCCAGACCCUGGCGUCGUGAACGGACACUCGGCCUAUGCCCAUCCCCAGUCGCCGCCAGGAGGUUUCACAGCUGUCAAUAGUGGGCGAGCGCCGGAGGAGCCUCACGACGAAACCCAUCACAACUCUUCUCACCCGAAUACGGAUAACAUCACCAUCAUAAACGGGACAAAUAUCAAAGGAGCUUCACCUACAACUCGGGCCGAGCUCAUGAAGAAAUUCUUUACCACUGCAGACCAGAACGGGCGUGGUGGUGGUGCUGCUGAAAGCGAGCCGCCGGCAUCCUCAACAUCCACCAACCAACGCCCUCGUGACUCGGAUGCUUCUGACUUUGGAGCGCCCUCGGCUUAUAGCAACAACAACACAGUGGCUAUCCCGAAUACGCCGUCAUCCUUGCUGCCGCAGCCGAAGCCAAACAGCCACCACGAGCGAGACGACGGAGGCCCUUUUAAGACGGAGAUGGUGACCCGCAUGGACGAGCUGCAGCGCGGAGAACGUAUUAUGCCUCCGUGCGACCGCUGCCGUCGUCUUCAUAUGGACUGUCUCAAAAAUCUCACCGCAUGCGCGGGAUGCACCAAGAAACACGCCAAAUGCUCGUGGAAGGACGUCAAGGAAGAGGAGCUUCACGGCAUCCACAACAGCCAACCGCUGAACUCGUCCACGCGUGAAGGAGACGCCACUUACGACCCUGCUCGCUCUUCACUACCACCAACGAAUAAUAAUACAGCGUCUGGCCGUGCGGAUUCGACAUCGAGUGCCCCCGUACAUUCGUCGCUCGACCUACCGCCGCCUAUGCGCCGAACAAACAGCGAAAUCCACGCGGUGAUGCUGAACGAUCACCACCAGGAGUAUGACCGGCACCGCAUACACCAGCGUAGCAGCCAUGCUAGCAGUAGCAACGGCCGCAACGACGACGACCCGGACGCGACGUCGCGCCUGCUACAGGCGAUCAUGGACACUGUUGAUCGAGCAGGCGAGGAUAAGCGGGUGCGAGAGACGAUGUGA